AUGGAGCAGACAACUAUCGCCCUCCUCAUCCUCCUCUAUGCAACGCAGAUCAUGGCUUCAGAGUCCGCAACUGUGAACACAUUCUCCGCAACUCUAGUCAAGACGGGACCAGCGCCAACAGGACCGAACGACCACAUGAUCUCGCAUUUGAGUCAGGGCGCAAGAGCAGGUAUUUCGACAUCUGCCAUAUUCGGCGCGAUCCUGCUCUUUGGGAUCGCAUUCUUCGUGUGGAAGAGGAUGAAGAAGGCACGGAUGGAGAGGGCGAGCCAGGAAAGAUAUUUGGAGUUACAGACGGGAGGACCGCAUCAGGCCGCAUUUUCCCAGGCGUCUUCGUUGAAGCCGGCGGGGAGUGUUCCGGGCUUACAUUUGCCGUUGGCGCAUAUCCAGAGGUCGAAGGAGUUGGAUGAUUGA